AUGGCGUACUUUGGUCCCGGUACGAGAGCAGCAUGUCAGCCAGGGCAUAUGAGAGAUCCAAGCCUACAGUGGGACGGCCGCUUCUUUGAUCCGGAGAACUCGACAGAAAAAUGGGAUGAGCUACAUGGCGCGUGGAAGCCCUUUGGCCCUUUCGAAAGAGCAAUGGACUACUUCGGAGACGGCAGUUUCUGGAUCCUAGAUGCACCUGGCCAUAUGCCUGGUAACUUGGCUGCUGCUGCAAGACUGCAAGAUGGCGAGUGGGUAAUACUUGGCAGCGAUUGCUGUCAUUCGCGGGAUUUGCUGGACGGCACGCGAACAAUUGCGGAGUUCCAAGGCCCAGGGGCAGUGAGCAUGUCACUGCAUACAGACCUUCCUUCAGCGAAAGAAACAAUCGCUAAGAUAGGACUGCUUGAAACCAGUUUUGGUGCUCAUACAGCGCUCGCACACGAUGCUAGCUGGCUGAAGAAGGGCAUGGACCAGGUGCUCAUGUCACUGCUGGACGACGAGAUGCGAGUUGCAGCCCAGGAAAAGAUACCGUAUGAUGAGAUACCGUAG